UUUCUUGGUGCCGUCUUUUUUUUCCUUUCGUUUCGUUUCGUUUUCGCCACAUUUGAAAUCAAGGCAGGCUUUGCUCAUUUCUCAGACACAUCUGGCCUAUGGAACUGGUUAACAACAACUCAUUCAUACUCAACAAAAAAAUUAAAUAGAAAUAAAACAACAACAAAAAAAAAGACACACACGAAAGUCACAGUUCGCUUUCUGUCAGGCUUUAGUAAUAAUAAAAAACAAAAACAAAAUUGUUUGUUGCCCAAAACGAAAAGAAAUUCCUGUAGACUUAUUUUGUUAUUACACACAAAACACAAACUAACAUUUUUCAAAUUGCAAUUAUUAUUUCGGCACAUCGUUGAAUAACCCCAAAUUGUGGUGCAAAAAAAAAAACCAACAAGAAAAAGAAAGAAAACAAAAAAAGAAACGUUUCCAUUAUGUAUAAGAGCAACAACAAAUCGAUGCAGUCCGGCGCCAUUUCCGGUCGCAUUCGGUGCAGCAACCUGGAUUUGCUGGAGAAGACGAACAUUGUAACUGCCGCAACAGUGCCACAGCUACGCAAUCGCCGGCAAUUCCAGUUCAACGGCAUGCAUUUCAAGACGAACCCAUUAUUGCUGCGUCGGUCACGUGCCGGCCUGGAUGGCGAUGCCGGCGAUGCUCGAUUCGCGAUUGAAGUGACACAGGAGCAACGCGAUUGCCACCAUCUUGGCCACAAUGAAGCAAGAGCGUCGUCUUCUUUGCAAGCUGUCGCCUUCGGUGAGACCAACGUGAACAGUGCGCCGAGGACACAGCAGCACAUAGCCGGUAACAACUCCCAACAAAUCGCAGAGUUGAUGUCCUAUGAUAAUGUUCGAGCCGGUGGCGAGAAUGCCCACGACAACAACAACUGUAACAGCAACAAGGAUCGAUAUCAGCAGGCCCACGAUUACGGGAAUCAUCGAAUCAUCCUUAACAAUAACAAUAGCAAUCUGGACAAUAACAACAACGCUGAGGACAACAGAAACCAUAAUGAGCACAAUCAGGCUCAGCAGCAAAGGCCAAUCUCCUCAAGAAUAGCAAGCAAAUUGCACCGCUUUCGUUAUGGUCAUCUGCGUGGUGCUGGAGGUGCUCCAAAUGCCGCUGGUGUUGGCCAGCAGCCCAAGGUGGACUAUAUAACAUUGGCUGGCUUCCUGCUGGGAUAUCUGAUAUCGAAUAUACUGUUCUUCAUCUGCUGCUAUUUUAGCUGGCUAAAGGUUCGGGUGAUGAGGCUGCGCAAUCAUUUCCUUGGCCAGGCCAAUCUUUGGGAGUUCUUCGACUUUGAGGAUACCACACGCUACUCGAUGCAGACCAAGCUGCUAUUGGCGCCCAUCAUACUUGGCUGUAGCAUACUCUAUUGUAUCGUUAACAUACUCCAUCUGAUGAUCAAGCUGGUCCGAUCCGAUGUGCCUCGCACCGUUGUCGAAUUCGUUCAACGCAUUGCCCUGAGAAAUAUUCAAUUUUGAUAAUAACCAUUAUUUACCAACCGUUUCAGUUUGCUAACUGUUAAUGUUAUGGAAAUGGAAUUGGAAUGGGAAUUGGAUGGAAAUACGGGUUGUCUGUCGACUGUAUAUAAUAAUAAAGAAUAUCAUUCGAAAUUAA